CCGUGGCGGUUCGCGAUGUCCAAACGCGAAAGUAAAAGUUUUCCCAGCCCAGUGCUGAUAAUACUACUCGUAUUCGCUUUAAAUCAGGCGAAAUCGGAGGAGUCCUUGAAAGAGGACUUACCGCAGGCCAAGUUCGAAUGGCCCUCGUUUGCCUGGAUGCGCAAUAAAACCACCAAGGUUACACCCUCGUUGGAUCUGAAAAAUGACUACAGUCAAAUGGAGCUGGCCAACUUUGGGGACUUUGAUCGUCAUCCCUGCCGGAGAGUCUGCCAGCAGGGUCAAUCGCAGAACUGCUAUUACCAACUGGUGGUUCACAAUUAUCAGAGACUUGGACCGGAGUGUCAGAGGUGCCAAUAUGAUGAGAGAGCCUGUGCCGCGGAACACUGUAUAUUUGGCGAUGGAGUGGCCAAUCCAGUGAUGGCUGUGAAUCGCAUGGUUCCAGGACCUCCAAUAGAGCUCUGUGAAAACGAUACAGUGGUGGUGGAUGUUUUAAAUUACCUAGGUGAACCCACAACUAUGCAUUGGCAUGGUAUUCACAUGCAUCGUACCCCUGAAAUGGAUGGAGCACCCUUCAUCACCCAAUAUCCCCUGCAACCUGGGGAGGUUCAGCGCUAUGAAUUCCAGGUGGAUCGCAGUGGUUCCUUGUGGUAUCACAGCCAUGUGGGUUGGCAGCGUGGCUUUGGAAUAGCUGGUGCUUUGAUAGUUCGACAGACAAGACAGGAGAAUCAGCACUCGCAGCUCUACGAUUACGAUUUGGUGGAGCACACCCUGAUGAUCCAGGAUAUCUUCUAUGAAUACAAUCUGCAGGAUGCUCGCAAUAUCCUGGUUAACGGCAAAGGUCGCAAUCAUCUCAGCCAGCUGCCGGAUAAUGAUAAUCGUCAUCGCUACGAAAGACUUAGGGUUACGCCAGGCUAUCGCUAUCGCAUGAGGGUUAUCCUCAAUGGCAUAGCCAACUGUCCCGUGGAGUUCUCCAUCGAGCAGCACAAGCUACUCAUCAUCAGCACCGAUGGCAAUGAUAUAGAACCCGUUCUAGCAGAUGGCUUCUUCUUGACCUCCGCCGAGCGAUUUGAUUUCGUCUUGGAUGCCAAUCAGUAUAAUAAAAACUAUUGGAUCAGGAUUAAGGGCUACGAGCAGUGUGAGAGCAGAAAUCUCUACCAAGGAGCUGUGCUUAGCUAUCGCGGAUCGACUCGUUCGGAGUUGCCACAGGGUGAUAUCCUGGAUAAGCGGAGAAGCAGGUCCGCCGAUGAGGAGGAACUGAUCUUGGUCAAUGAUUUCCGAUAUAAGCCUUCCAAUACUUCGACUAUAUCUUCCCUCCGCCAAUCCCUGGAUAAGGAUAAUAACGUGGGCACUGUCGCCCUGCGAUCCGUAAAUCCCGUACCCUGGAAUCGUUACACCAAGUUCCUGACCCACUACUCCAGUUUUGGUUCAAGAACGGCUCAGAAUGGCGAGCUGCUAUUCCAGAUCGACGAUGUUUCGUACAAUUCCCCGGGAAUAUCCCUGUUGCAGGGCAGGCAUCUUUAUCAGGACGAUGGAUAUUUUUGUAACAAGAGCUCCCUGGCUGCGGAAGGCAGAAAUUGUGAACGGGAACUUUGUGAGUGUGUUCACGUUAUGAGACUUCCGGCCUAUCGACCUUUGGAAAUGGUCGUGGCCAACUAUCUGGACAGCACCCAUCCCUUCCACGUACAUGGGUUUACUUUCCGACUGGUGGGUCAGGGAGUUCUGGGAAAUCUCAAUGAUUUGCGGAAUAUCCGCGAACUUGAUCGCAGGGGAAGACUUCCUCGUUUAUCUGAUGACAGUGCUGCCGUGGCCAAGGAUACGGUUCAGAUUCCGGGACAGGGCUACAUUAUCGUUCGCUUUCUCUCGAAUAAUCCCGGAUUCUGGCUAUAUCAUUGCCAUGUUGAAGCACAUGCCGUCCAAGGAAUGGUGGCGGUCCUAAAAAUAGGGGAAAAUCACCAGAUGAAAAACAUUCCAGCACGAGUGCGCUGCUAA